UUAGCUUCGUUUAACGAAAAUGGAGGCAAGUGUUUUGAGUGUAGAGAUCAGAAGCUAGGAUGACAACCGAGAGAGUUUCAUGAAUUUGAAUGAAUUGAGGACGCCGACUUCGAGGAGGCAUGGGUACGAGGAGUUUGGGAAGGAUACCAUUAGAAAGUGCCCCGAAAUGGUGGAGGUAGUGAAUCAGAAAGGGGAAACUCCAUUCUACGAAGCUUGUAAACAAGGACAAGCCGAUGUGUUAUUAUUGCUUCUUGACAUUGAUCCAACGCCCAGUUUUGAACUCUGCCAUCAAAAUCAGAGUCCCAUGUUUGUGGCUUGCAUCAACGGCUUCCUCGAUGUUGUUAAGGUAUUUUUGAAUCAUCGGCAGCGGUUGCAAAUAUUACAAGAACGCUACGGUAGCUUGGAUUCGGCUUGCUUUCUUCAGGUCGCUUCACGGGGACACCUAGAACUAUUGGCGAAAUUCCCGACAUUGAGCAACAAGGACAAUGGAAAUUCUGCAUUGCACUUGGCUUGCUUAAGCGGACACUCUGAAGUCUGAAGUAGUAACCUUUUUUUGGGUGCUAAUCCUGAUUUGGCUGUGCAAUAUAAUAACCUUGGUUAUUUGGCAUUGCAUUUCAUCGCCAUGAAUGGCAAGACUUCCAUUUUCAAGGACUUUUUGCAGCUUGCUCCUCGAUCAUUUCACUACCGUACCAAAAAUGGAGACCCAAUUUCUUUUCUUACUAUCCAUUAAUAUCAGUUUGGUGCUUUUCUCUACUUGGUUCAUAUCUUCAACCAUCAUGGAAUAUUAUAUUCCCUUGGUCCUCUUGACCAUGUUGAGAACACUUCUACAUGUUGCUAUGCUAAGAGGACGAG